GUCGAGCUGCGACAAGAGAGAAAAGCACUGCGGGUUUGGUCGGUGGCGUGUUCCGUUGGCUGUCUUUUGUCUGUUUGUUUGCUCCUCGUUUCGUCCUCCAUUUCUUCCCCUCUUGUUCUUUUCUCUCCGUCUGCUUCUCCUCUGUUUCUAUGAUACAUGCAUAGCUUUCCUGAUCAGUAUUAACUGUCUAUCAGAAAAUCGGCGUUUUUAAUUAUAAUCGCGACUUUUUUUUUAUUGUUCUUUUGACACUGCGGCUAAAUCAAAAACAGCCGCGUCGCUGGUUUUUAUCAUGCCCUCUUAUCGCUUGGAGCAAGCCACCACCGGCAGAGCUGGCUGCCAGAAUAAAGAAUGCAAAGACCAGAAAGUCAAGAUCGCCAAAGGCGAGCUUCGACUCGGCAGCUGGGUUGACUCCGAGCGCAUCCAGGCCUUCUUUUGGAGACACUGGGGCUGUGUGACACCCAAGAUCAUCACUAGUCUCAAAGAAAUUGUUGAAAACGAGGGAGAGAAGGACUACGACCAGCUAGAUGGCUUUGAAGAUCUUGACCCAGAAAACCAGGAGAAGAUCAAGAAGGCACUUGAGCAAGGCCAUGUCGAUGAUGCGGAAUGGAACGGUGAUGUUGAAAUGAACCGUCCUGGAAAGUCAGGCUUCCGCGUACGUGGUUCGAAGAAGAAGGCCGCUUCCGCUGAGGAUAGCGAAGCCGAAGAAAAGUCGCCUGAGCCAAAGACCAAAAAGCGCGGCCGUCAGUCUACUAAAGAUGAGGGGAAAGACGAGGCCCCAGAGACCCCCGAAGCCAAAAAGCCCAAACAGGGAACUCGCAGCAAGCAUACCCCAUCUGACGGCGACAAGGCCACAAAGGAAGAAACAGACGACGACACAUCUGCUCAAAUCAAGCCCAAGAAAGCAAGAAAAGGUCGUCCAUCUAAAACCGACACUGAGGAGAAGGAGUUCUCGAAAGCUCCUGCUAAGACCGCUGCUAAGCCGAGUGCAAGGCGCCAACGGAAGACAGCCGUGGCAGAUGAUGAAGCGGAGCGGGUGGAAGAGAAGCCUGUUGAAAAGCCGAAGCGAGGCCGGAAGGGGAAGAGUAUUGCUUAACGGGUGUUUUUCUGUCAGCAAAAAUUCCCUUCUUUACUUGAGUCCAGGCUCAAUGUCUUGUUCUAUGGCAUUCCUGUGUCUUCCCCAGUUUCCUUCCCGGUUUUCUUGUUUCGCUCUGCGUAGUUGCUAUAGGAGUACGUUGAGGCUUUGUAUGUGAGCAAAGCGAGCAAGCGUCUCCAUUGUAUGUUUGAAAAAUAACGGUCUGUUCGGGGUGAAAGGGUAUUCUCAAU